AAAGCAAAACCAGAAGCCCUCCCUGAGAAUCGUCUCUGGGCGUCGGGGCCCGGGCCGCUGGGGUGCCACUCCGCAAGGGUUUCCUCUUCUCCCCGGGAUCCCUGAGGGCUGGACGAGAGAGGACCCGUCGGUCCCGGGGUGCCGGGAGGAGACGUUCGCCCGCCCCACGAGAGGGGGCGGCUCUGGCCUCGGAGCCGCCCCUCCUGCCGCCGGAGAACAAACGGGAUAUUCAGCAGUGGCCUGUGGCUGCCAGAGCAGCUCCUCAGGGGAAACUAAGCGUCGAGUCAGACGGCACCAUAAUCCCCUUUAAAAGCGCCUCCGCCCUGCCGGCCGCGUACCCCUCGGCUACCUGGGCCGCCCCGCGGCGGUGCGCGCGUGAGAGGGAGCGCGCGGGCAGCCGAGCGCCGGUGUGAGCCAGCGCUGCUGCCAGUGUGAGCGGCGGUGUGAGCGCGGUGGGUGCGGAGGGGCGUGUGUGCCGGCGCGCGCGCCGUGGGGUGCAAACCCCGAGCGUCUACGCUGCCAUGAGGGGCGCGAACGCCUGGGCGCCACUCUGCCUGCUGCUGGCUGCCGCCACCCAGCUCUCGCGGCAGCAGUCCCCAGAGAGACCUGUUUUCACAUGUGGUGGCAUUCUUACUGGAGAGUCUGGAUUUAUUGGCAGUGAAGGUUUUCCUGGAGUGUACCCUCCAAAUAGCAAAUGUACUUGGAAAAUCACAGUUCCCGAAGGAAAAGUAGUCGUUCUCAAUUUCCGAUUCAUAGACCUCGAGAGUGACAACCUGUGCCGCUAUGACUUUGUGGAUGUGUACAAUGGCCAUGCCAAUGGCCAGCGCAUUGGCCGCUUCUGUGGCACUUUCCGGCCUGGAGCCCUUGUGUCCAGUGGCAACAAGAUGAUGGUGCAGAUGAUUUCUGAUGCCAACACAGCUGGCAAUGGCUUCAUGGCCAUGUUCUCCGCUGCUGAACCAAACGAAAGAGGGGAUCAGUAUUGUGGAGGACGCCUUGACAGACCUUCCGGCUCUUUUAAAACCCCCAACUGGCCAGACCGGGAUUACCCUGCAGGAGUCACUUGUGUGUGGCACAUUGUAGCCCCAAAGAAUCAGCUUAUAGAAUUAAAGUUUGAGAAGUUUGAUGUGGAGCGAGAUAACUACUGCCGAUAUGAUUAUGUGGCUGUGUUUAAUGGCGGGGAAGUCAACGAUGCUAGAAGAAUUGGAAAGUAUUGUGGUGAUAGUCCACCUGCGCCAAUUGUAUCUGAGAGAAAUGAACUUCUUAUUCAGUUUUUAUCAGACUUAAGUUUAACUGCAGAUGGGUUUAUUGGUCACUACAAAUUCAGGCCAAAAAAACUGCCUACAACUACAGAACAGCCUGUCACCACCACAUUCCCUGUAACCACGGGUUUAAAACCCACCGUGGCCUUGUGUCAACAAAAGUGUAGACGGACGGGGACUCUGGAGGGCAAUUAUUGUUCAAGUGACUUUGUAUUAGCCGGCACUGUUAUCACAACCAUCACUCGCGAUGGGAGUUUGCACGCCACAGUCUCGAUCAUCAACAUCUACAAAGAGGGAAAUUUGGCGAUUCAGCAGGCGGGCAAGAACAUGAGUGCCAGGCUGACUGUCGUCUGCAAGCAGUGCCCUCUCCUCAGAAGAGGUCUAAAUUACAUUAUUAUGGGCCAAGUAGGUGAAGAUGGGCGAGGCAAAAUCAUGCCAAACAGCUUUAUCAUGAUGUUCAAGACCAAGAAUCAGAAGCUCCUGGAUGCCUUAAAAAAUAAGCAAUGUUAACAGUGAGCUGUGUCCAUUUAAGCUGUAUUCUGCCAUUGCCUUUGAAAGAUCUAUGUUCUCUCAGUAGAAAAAAAAAUACUUAUAAAAUUACAUAUUCUGAAAGAGCAUUCCGAAAGAUGGGACUGAUUGACUCUUCACGUGAUGGAGGUAUGAGGCCUCCGAGAUAGCUGAGGGAAGUUCUUUGCCUGCUGUCAGAGGAGCAGCUAUCUGAUUGGAAACCUGCCGACUUAGUGCGGUGAUAGGAAGCUAAAAGUGUCAAGCGUUGACAGCUUGGAAGCGUUUAUUUAUACAUCUCUGUAAAAGGAUAUUUUAGAAUUGAGUUGUGUGAAGAUGUCAAAAAAAGAUUUUAGAAGUGCAAUAUUUAUAGUGAUAUUUGUUUCACCUUCAAGCCUUUGCCCUGAGGUGUUACAAUCUUGUCUUGCGUUUUCUAAAUCAAUGCUUAAUAAAAUAUUUUUAAAGGA